UUUGAACUUCCCUGCUAACUACAAACGAUGGAUUGGUUCUCUCCAGAACAAUAUGAGCACUUAUGGUCUGAGCUUUUCCCUGUGAUUCAAACCGCUUUUGUGCCAUACACAACCAUACCAACAACAACUGAGCUUGAUGUGUUGAGGGGACAGAACAUGAACAAGAGAAUGAUAGAUUUCAUGAGAAGAACAUAUAAUCCAACCCCACCUGCAAGAAUCAUCGAGACCCAAGUAUCCGACAGAGAACGCGGUCUACGACACAAGAUGAGCGAGCGGAUAAGGAGAAACAGGGAGAGAGAGAGUUAUUCAGCCUUACAUUCAAUAUUACCUCCUGGAACCAAGAAUUCUAAGAAGGGUAUUGUGGAUCGGGCAGAUAAGAGCAUUCGAGAGUUGCAGAGCUAUAAGGAGGCACUGGAGAGACAAAACAAUGAGCUUGAAGCACAAUUGGCAGCAAUGGAAGAAAAUGGAGGAGGAAGAAAGAUAAGACUAAGUGUGCCAAACCCAACAUCGGUGGUUGAUUCUAUGCUUGAGGUUCUAAAAUGCUUCAAGUGUUUGGGAUUCAAAAUUAGGAAUAUCCAGUCAAAACUCCAUGACCAGGAGCUUGUAAUAGUAGUGGAUAUUGAAACAGAGAUUGGAGCUGAUGAAGUAAAGACUGCGGUAGAAAGGAUACUGGAAGAUGGUGGAAGGAAGCUUCUUUUCAAUUAUUUAUCAGAAGAAUAAGAGAAUAUUGGGCUUAAACUUUGAAUUCAUGCAUGUAUAGGAGAUAAAGAGCGCCCACAAUGUAAUACAUUAAUACAACUAAAGUCCAGUUUUUUACCGA